AUGCUGCGAAGAGACGCGAUUCUCGAGCGCGGAGUGUGGCACUUUAAAGGGGGUAAGCCUGUAGUCCAUGCCGACGUGUUGGCAUCUGCGCGGUGCACCUGGCGGGCUUGGUCCCUGCCAUGGUUAUCGAGGCAUGCCACGAGUUGCUGGGACUAUGUAUUGGUGCACUCGGACGUGCCAUUCCAUUUUUAUGCGCAUUUGUACGCCAUCAAACCGCACUGUUUUACCGCGCAUGCAUGUCUAGAGCUUCAUACGAGCACCAAGCUUGAACUGCAUAAUGUCUCAGGUACUGACAUGCCAUGGCAUUUGCAUGCUACUGGCAUUGAACGUGGCUGCAAGGUCAAAUGGCUCAUUCACUUAUGUGCUGAUGAGAAACAAGCUCGAUUAUGUUAUCGCGUGCUCCAAAACUGUGUGCAGCGUCUCUCUCGUCUGGUCUAUGAAACGCAGUGCGGCGAAACAACGCGGCUGUACAAAGACGCGCGUCAUUCACCUUACAAGGGUCAGGCCGAGUGGCUCUUGCAUUCAGAUCGGCCUGUGCUGAUCGAGUCAAGUCCCCGUCAUGCGAGUCGCCUACCGCCAUUGCAGAUGCCCGUGUCGCCUACGUGGACGCCGAGAGCCCUUUCUAGGUCGAUAGAGCCACUGACGCCGCCCUUGCGAUUUGCGUAG